GAGGAAGGCUGUGCUUCUCUGGUCUCAGCUCUGGAGUCAAACCCCUCACACCUGAGAGAGCUGGACCUGAGUAACAAUGACCUAAAUGAUUCAGGAGCGGAGCUGCUCUCUGCUGGACUGGGGAAUCCCCACUGUAAACUGGAGACUCUGAGGCUGUCACGCUGUCUACUCACAGAGGAAGGCUGUGCUUCUCUGGUCUCAGCUCUGAGGUCAGACCCCUCACACCUGAGAGAGCUGGAUCUGAGUAACAAUGACCUGAAGGAUUCAGGAGUGAAGCUGCUCUCUGCUGGACUGGAGAAUCCCUACUGUAAACUGGAGACUCUGAGGCUGUCAGGCUGUCUAGUUACAGAGGAAGGCUGUGCUUCUCUGGUCUCAGCUCUGAGGUCAAACCCCUCACACCUGAGAGAGCUGGAUCUGAGUAACAAUGACCUGAAGGAUUCAGGAGUGAAGCUGCUCUCUGCUGGACUGGGGAAUCCCCACUGUAAACUGGAGACUCUGAGGCUGUCAGGCUGUCUAGUCACAGAGGAAGGCUGUGCUUCUCUGGUCUCAGCUCUGAGGUCAAACCCCUCACACCUGAGAGAGCUGGACCUGAGCUACAAUCACCCAGGAGACUCAGGAGUCAGACUGCUCUCUGCUGGACUGGAGGAUCCACACUGCAGACUGGAGAAACUCAAUGUGGAACAUGGUGGAGCGAACACAAUGGAACCUGGGCUUAGAAAAUAUGUCUGUGAUCUAACACUGGACCUAAACACAGUAAACAGACUCCUCUCUCUGUCUGAGGAGAACAGAAAGGUGACAUGUAGGAGAGAGGAGCAGCCGUAUCCUGAUCACCCAGAGAGAUUUGAGGUCUGUGAACAGGUGCUGUGUAGAGAGGGUCUGACUGGGCGCUGUUACUGGGAGGUAGAGAUGACUGGGAGAGGGGCUGUUAUAGGACUGACAUAUAAAGGAAUCAAAAGGAGAGGAAGGGUUAAUGACUGUGGGAUUGGAUGCAAUGACAAGUCCUGGAGUCUGAUCUGCCAUGACAACCGUCACAGAGCCUGGCACAAUAAUAUCUCCACUACCAUAGACGUCCCCUCCUCCAGCUCCCACAGAGUAGGAGUGUAUCUGGACUGGCCAGCCGGCACUCUGUCCUUCUAUAGAGCCUCCUCUGACACACUGACCCACCUGAUCACAUUCACCUCCACAUUCACUGAGCCUCUCUAUCCAGGGUUUAGGGUUUAUGAUGUUGACUCCUCAGUGUCCCUGAAAUAAUAACCUGAUACACACACUGGACAC